AUGGGGUUGUUUGCUGAACAGUUCUUCGUUUUUGUAGGGGUGAUGGUGUGCCUGGCCUGCCUGGUGAAGUUUGUGAGAUUCUCCAAAUUUAUUUUCCUGCACUUCUGGAAAGUUUUGCCAAGGUCUUUCUUACAGUCAAUGGGACAGUGGGCAGUGAUUACUGGAGCAGGAGAUGGGAUCGGGAAAGCUUAUUCCUUUGAGCUAGCCAAACAUGGACUCAACGUUGUGCUUAUCAGCCGGACACUGGAAAAGCUGCAGGCCAUUGCCACGGAGAUUGAGCAAACCACAGGGAGUGCCGUGAAGAUUAUACAAGCAGAUUUUUCCAAAGACGACAUUUAUGAGUACAUUCAAGAAAACCUUGAAGGCUUAGAAAUUGGAAUUUUAGUCAACAAUGUCGGAAUGCUUCCAAACCUUCUCCCGAGCCAUUUCCUUAAUGUCCCAGGUGAAAUCCAGAGCCUCAUCCACUGUAACAUCACUUCAGUGGUCAAGAUGACACAGCUAAUUCUGAAACACAUGGAAUCGAGGCGGAGAGGUCUUAUCUUGAACAUGUCUUCUGGAGCAGCCCUCUUUCCUUGGCCUCUGUAUUCGAUGUAUUCAGCAUCCAAGGCAUUUGUGUACAUGUUUUCCAAGGCACUCCAAGCAGAAUAUAAAGCAAAAGGAAUCAUUAUACAGGUGUUGACCCCAUAUGCUAUUUCGACCCCAAUGACAAACUAUCUCAAUACCAACAUGAUAACCAAGACUCCCGAUGAGUUUGUUAAAGAAUCACUAAAUUAUGUCAUGAAUGGAGAUGAAACCUGUGGCUGCCUUGCCCAUGAAUUCUUGGCAAUCUUCCUGACCCUAAUCCCGUCGUGGGCCUUCUACAGCAGCACGUUUCAAAAGUUAUUCCUGACACACUACGUGGGAUAUCUAAAGCAGAACAUGAAUAACAAGUGA